AAGUAAGUUCCUGAUUUGGAAACUAGUUUUGUGAACAAAACGGGAAUAGACUGACAAUUGGGAACAUUCCCGCGUAAAGUCAUUACAAUGAGGAACUAAAAUUAUCAGACUUUCUAAACUAUCGUUUUAUCUCAAUGUUUUCUAAAGAAGCGAUUUCAGUCAAUAUCACAAAAUUACCACAGCUGUCGAAUACUAACACUAUUAACAGACACACUCACCAUUAACAUACUUUAUUGUCUUUGCAGUAAGGUUUACGAAUGAUCAAUUAAUUGCGUCAACUAUGCUGCCCUUAGCAACUAGACAGAAAGCCAAGAUUGCAACAAGCAACUACGAAACCAGUUUACUUUUCCUAAAUACGGGUAGCUUUAAAUUUUUAUCACAAAAGUGGCGGGUAGUUACGGCUAUUCCUCUAUUCGUCGUUCGCUCGGCUUCAGUCUUUGAGACGAUUUCGUGCGCUUCGCGACUCCCGCUUUUCCGACUUUUUGAUUUUUUUUUUCCAUCUUACCGGGACACCUACGUAGUGGCGUUAAACGUGCUUAUACGUACAACCGCGUACAUUUUGUCUCUUAGACACCCUAGUCUAAGCUUUUUAAUUUUUAAUCGUGUUGUUUUUAUUUCAAUUUUAUUUUAAGUUAAGCUAGUUUUAAGUUUAGUCCGCCAUCUUGUGACGCUUUCAAAAUAACGAUCAAAACGCGCGUCGGUCGUAAGAUGGUCAGUAAGGAGCCGCCAUUGCAGCCAGUGGAGGUCAAGAGCAAGAGAAGAAGACGCAGAGCUGGGAACAGAGCUGGGAAGAAACGAUCUAGGAAGACUACUGUUGCCGUCGCGGCUGUUGCGACGUUGCCUUCGGAGAAAUACUCUAGCCCUGUGAAGUGUGCUGUUCACGCGUUCCUGAUGCGAUACCAGAGCGCCCUGAGGAAGGUGCCGGCUCAUCUGCCGCCGCGGGUCCACGCUGGGCCGCCUUCGAAGAGGGUUAAACGCGUUUCUUGGAGUCACGACGAGAGCGGGUCGAUGAGCGGCGGCGGCGACCCGGCGGUGCUCGCCGUCGGGCCGGCGCGUCGGACGCUCACCUACACCCGGGAACAACUGUUACGGCUGCGGCACUCGCCGCUCGUCAAGAAGGGGCUCGACGUGCCGCUCGCGGGCUGCGACGCGCUCGCGCUGGUGUUGAAAAAGCGAUCCGACUCCCCUAACGAAGACGAUCGAGGGGCCAGAGGCGAUGCACCAGCCGAAAACCACAAGGGCGUGUACGGCCGCGAACGCGAGCGGGAGCGUCGUUCCGCCGACCCUCGCGAGCGCGUCCGCAAGGAGAGUGAGCCGAGCAGCGGCAUAGUCCUGUCUCCCCAACGGCGAUCCUUCACUAGUGGUUGUGGAGCGCCUGCCGCUGCAGCACCUCCGCCGCAUGUCGCUAGGACACGACCGGAGUCACCGCUGUGCCCUGCACCCGCUCAAGCCAAGCCUGAACCAGCGGGUCGUCGUAUCGGCUCAGGCCGGAUCAUGGUGCGGGACGUACCGCACUCGGGCUGGGAGGAGGGCGAAUACCGGCCCAGUGAGCCUUACCGGCCUCGCGAACACCGACCCAACGGCGAUAGGUUCGAGCGACGUUCGUUUACCCGUGACUCCUACUCCUCUGACAUUAAGAGGGAAAGGGACGACCGAUUCAACAACGAAAAACAGAGAGAGAGGGAAGACAACCGCAGAUCAGGUGGUCGCUAUUCUCAACGACGUUUUGAGAAAGAAGAUGAACCAGAGUGGUUUAGUGGAGGGCCGACAUCUCAACAUGACACUAUCGAACUCCGCGGUUUCGACGAGCCUACUAAAAAGAACGGUUCGACGAGCGGGAAAGAGACUGAGAAAUGGAACAACAACAGCGGUGCCAGAUCACCCGGCACCGAGCGAAGCGAGCGUAACGAGCGUAACGAGCGAAACGAGCGAAGCGAGCGCCCCGAGCGAGGCGAGCGCCUCGAGCGGUGGCGGAGCGAAUCCACGUCUGAACCUGCACCGAUUGAAGACUCCAAUGACACUAGCAAUGAUAAGGAUUCGGGGGUAGAGUCGAAGGCCGAGGAGCCGGCGGGCUCGCAGCCCGACUUCAACCUCGACGAGUUCCUCAAGCUGGACUCCAUACCCGACGUGCUCACGAACGGCGGCGGUGAGAGCGAAGGCGGCAGUAGAUUCAGCCGCUGGUUCCGUCGCGAAAGUCCCACAAACGACUCACGCCAUUACGAGAGGCUAUUGAACAACAUGGUCGACGACCUGGAUAACCCGGCGCGUCCACCAGCCAGCGAGCCGAGUCACAUGUUCGCACCGAUCUCCCCCGCCGCGCCGCCCUCGCUACUGGACCUGCUGCGCCGGGCCAACGCCAACUCGGACCCGAGGCCCGAGAUGAACAACGUGGGCGGCAAGAUCCACAGCCUGGAGGAGCUGGAGGCGCGCCUGCGGCCGCCGCAGCCCGCGCCGCUCCCCGACCACGACCUGUCCGCCUUCAAGCGGCUCUUGGCGCAGGUGUCCGGCGGCCACGCCGUGCCGGCCGCCGAGCAGCAGCGCCCGCCGCAGCCCAUGAGCUUACUGCAGAUGUUAAACAAGAGCAUGGAACAACAACAACAGCAGCAGCAACAACAAAAAGUGCCGCCGGCGCAACCGCACAUCCCGCAAGAGCUGCUCUACAAACUGCUGCAAGUGCAACAGGUAUUGUGCAACAAGAGCAUGGAACAACAACAGCAGCAACAACAAAAAGUGCCGCCGGCGCAACCGCACAUCCCGCAAGAGCUGCUCUACAAACUGCUGCAAGUGCUACAGCAGCAGCAACAACAAAAAGUGCCGCCGGCGCAACCGCACAUCCCGCAAGAGCUGCUCUACAAACUGCUGCAAGUGCUACAGCAGCACCAGCAGCACCAGCAGAGCGAGCUGCUGGCGCCCGCGCCGGCGCCGGCGCCCGCGCCCGCGCCCGCGCCCGCGCCCGGGCCCUCGGCCGCCGACCGCGAGCUGCUGCAGCGCCCCGAGGCGCAGGCCAUCAUACACGGUCUGAAAGCUGGCGAGAUAACGGUGCAGCACCUGAUGCAGCAGUUAGGAAACCCAGGCCUGCAGUCCCGCCAUCGCGAGGUGCUGCUUACCAUCCUGCGGCUGCACCAGCAGCAAAGACAGCAACAGAUGGGCGGGUCGCCGCUGCCGGGCGUGGGCGCGGCGCCGCACCUGGUGGUGCCGCCGCUGCACCAGCCGCUGCGCCUGUCGCCGCUGCCGCAUCCAAGUGUGCCAGCCCGCAUCCCGUCCCCACGCGAGCUGGCCGCCCACACGCAGUGCAUCAUGCAGAGCGCCCUCAUCAAGAAGAAGCUAGAAGAACAGCGCGAGAACUACCGCCGCCGCCACGACCCGCCCAAGGGCACUCCCAUCUCGUUCACACCCACAUCCGUAUUACGUAAAAUGACUGCGGACAAGGAAUCCGACGCGCCGAGCCCCAAGCAGCAGCAGUGGGCGCAGCCGCCUAAGAUGCCGCAAGGGCGGCCCAUCGUCAAGGGCAACCAGAGCGGCGCAGCGCCACCUAUGGGAUACGCGCCGUCGCCGGCAGACUACCAACACCACUAUCAACAGCAGCAAAUGUCGGGCAGCGUACGUCAGUUCCUGCAUCCGCAACAGAGGCAGCAAGUACCCAAUGCGCUAAACAAUAUGAACAUGAACAACAUGAACAAUAUGACCCGCGGCAUCGCCGGGGGCACUACCCUGCACCAACUGCUAGUCCAGUCCCACCAGAGGAGUCUCAACGAGCUAGGCGGCGUGGGCGGCACGGGCGGCGGCGACAACCAGCUGGCGCGCUGGUUCUCCCCCGAGCUGCUGGCGCGCGCGUCGGCCGGCAAGCUGCCCUCCGUGCACGUGCCCAACGCGCUCUCGCUCGAGGACCUCGAGCGCCACCACCACUCGCCCGCGCCGCCGCUGCGCAACUGAGCACUGCACGCGGCGUACGGGACCGAACGUGGUGUGGAAGUUGAGGCUAAAAUUUUAAGUUUCUAAGAGCUACUCUACAGCGACAGUGUUAAGAGUGUCACCAAAAAUUUAUCGAUCAUGCAUGAUGAGGACAGUUAAAGAUUUAGUGCUUCUAAUUUGACAGCUAGAGGAGAUGACUCUUUACGGCGUACAUCUGCCGUCCUCGAGCACGACAGACAUUAUUAGGUAACUUUGGUUGUCAAAUUUGACGUUUGACAAUUGAGUGACUAGAAAACAUAUGCGGUAUAGCGCCAUCUGGUCUGACUGUAAAGUUAGCGGGUACGUUUUUAUCUUAGACUUUACCUUGCUAUUACAAUCAAUAGCUCUUUGGUGUCACCAUAAACGUUAAGUUUCUAUGAUAUUAUGGCGUUUAUGAUAUUUCACACUUUGGAAAUUAAAAAAUUAUGCAAAGUUAGCUAAGGUUGGUAUUACAUCUAUUCAAUAUCUUUGUCCAAUGUGCAUUGCGUCUCACUCUCUCAUUAAACAAUAUCUGAGACACAAAUACAAAUUGGACCAAGAAAUUGGACGGGUGGAAUACCCUUACACAGACUAUAGUUUGAGCACCUAUUGUGUAUUAUAAAAAAAUCAGGAAAUAUAAAAAAUAUGGAUUAUAAUAUUUAUAAUUGAUCAUUAACACGUUAAAAACAGACAAUAUCUAUCGGGAGCGUGCAUAAACUGUAGACACUGAAGCCUCCUAUUGCGCGAAGCAUUAUGUCAAGCUCCAUUUCUAGAGUUAAGCCACCAGAUGGCAGACCCUACUAUGGGAAAUAGAGCGUGAAAUGUAGGGGGCAGCACCUGUUUAAAAGCUUGAAAUGUUCUCGCUUUUAUCAGGUUACGAGAUAGCAGACCCUCCCAACAUGCACGGUCUCUUGAAUGUUCAUUGGUCACGAUAGUUGCCCAGACUAUAAUUAACAUAACAGCAGCGACAUCUGGAGUAUGGAAUGUUAUUCAAUCUUGAUACCGCGUGGAAGAUGGUUAUUAUACUCGACAGACAAAACUCAUUUGAAAUCUGCUAUUGGAACUGAGUUAUUCAUCGCCCGAAACUCAUUAGGUUGAAGUAUGAAACACGAGGUGGAGCAUGAAUUAGGGUACUAUUUCAAGCGGUUUAUCAAGUUUAUUUUCACACAUCAAAAUAAGUGGUAUUUCUCUUAUCGAAAUAUAGCUCACCAAAAUAGUCAAAAUACUUAAUUGCUCAAACUUUUUACUGGGACUCAAUUGAAAUAAUACCCUAAAUCACUCAAAAAUGUAAAGUAAAUUAUUUGUGACUAACGUAUUUGUGAACUGAGGGCUCACCGCGAACCACGUUCGACGUGGUAUGUUAACUUGCGUCUCUGUCGCACUUGAAAAUUCGUACGUAAGUGUGACAGGGAGGCAAACACGCCCGUUUUCGUCAUCCCCGUUUGCUGCCAGAGAGAACAGAUUAUUGACAGUGUAUUCUAACACUUGGCCAUCCUGACAUUCUGGUUGUCCCUGCAUGCACCUUUUUUGCCAUUUUAUUGUAUCAUAUCUUAAAGUACCUAUAGCAAUAAUUUAUUGAUUGUAUAUGAAAGUCUUAAGAUAAAUUCUUGCUUAGAGUUUAACAGCUGUAGAUGGCUCGGGCCGGCGUAUCGUACUGGAUUCAAAAGUGAACUUUUGACAAUCCAGUGUCAACAAAACAUGGCAAAGUGCAGCCGCUAUCAGAUAUAUCAGAGUGGCCAAGCUGCUCACAAAUAUCUGAACACGCCUCCAUUGUCAACGCGUUAGAGUGCGUGUUCAGAUAUUUUUGAGCACCUCGGCCGCUUCGAUAUAUCUGAUGGCGACUGUACAAGGCCAUAUUUCAGCUGUGGUUUGGAGGGCACGUUUUUUUCUUAGACUUAACAUAUCUUGUUCAAUCCAUUCUGAAAAGCUGGUAUUUUCAUGCUUAGGAUUGGAUAACAAAAUGGAUCUUAUAUCGAAAAAAAUACAUAUAAUUUGCAUAAGGAUGGUAUUCCACCUGUCCAAUUUCUUUGUCCAAUGGGCAUUCCGUCUCACCCUCGCAUUAAGCAAACCGUGAGAUGCAAAUACACAUAGGACCAAGAAAUUGGACACGGGGAAUACCAUCCUUGGGCCUUUUCAGCGAUAUUUUGACACAAAAUUGCAGCUAGUAUCAAAUUACUUGUGAAAUGGACAACUGAAAUUUGGGUGGAUGCAGAAUUUCAGGUCAGAAAUUUAUCAUCAUUGCAGUGAAAGGGAAAUAAUGUUGAACUUUUGGCAGUCUGUAAUUGUAAUGGUCAAGUUGUGCUUGAUGCCUGAAAUGUUAUAAAAUUAUUGACGCAAUUGUUAAACAUGUUUCCUGAUAAAAAUCCGUCGUCUAUUACAUUUAUAGAACUGCUGUCUACAUGAUUAACUGUUUAUGAAAAACUAUGGUAGAAAAUAAUUUUGCUUUAAAUAUAUAUUUACAUUUUCUUCCAUUUUUUUAAAUAUGUAUUAAGAAAAAUAAAAUAUUUGUAAAGUUGAUUCUUGUAGACACGAGUUUUUAAAUUGAUAGAUUAAGAAUGUGUUAAACAAAACAAUAAGGUACUUUGUCACUUAAAAUUACAAAAAAAAAAUCAGUUACCGAUAUGUUUAAGAAAAGGUAUUACAUGAGACAUACAUUACAUUUUUACAUAAUUAUGUUCAUAAAAACAGUGACUGUUGUUAGGGCAGACACUGUCAAUAAAUAAUGUCAAUACGUUAUGUCGUUCCAGUAUGAAAUUUGAAUAAGAGUGAGUCACUAAAGCAGUGCCUAAACACUACUUGUUAGUUUUACCGUGUCAAAGCUGAAAGACAAUUUCUAAAUUUAUUUCGUUUCUUCAUAAAUAUUUUAAUGAGACUGGUGACAUUCAAUUGUCUGCCCUUUUUUGCAACGCAACUGACUUCUAAGUCAAGUAAUAAAGAUUUUGUCUCUUUCUUACAAACGUAAAUUUCAAGGAUGGAAAGAGACAAAUGAUUAUCAUGGAAUGGUAGCUGUAGUCCGAGGUAGCAGCUGAGGGGUUACCUUUUUGAUGUAUUUCUUUGUAUAGUGAGUUUACUCGUAGAUUCUGGUAUCGUAUAAUGUAUUAUUUAACCCCGUGUCAGCUCCCUUAUUUUGACUAUUAUUAUUGUUGGACGCAGUCAAUAAUACUGAUGAUAUUUUAGCUUAAAAAUAAGCUAGAAAAUACCGUCAUUUAGUUUACAUGUAACCUAACCUAGCUUAUGAUAUGACGAUAUAUUUCAUCAAUAUUAUUGAGCGUUUAGCCGUGACUUAUCUGUAUUUAAAUUGGGAGAUAUACUUAGACAUGUAAAAACAUAGCGCCACCUGAUAUAUGACGAAAAGAAAGUAUGAGAGAAACUAGAAAAUGUAGGCCGCCGGCAAGCGAAUUGAUUGAAAAACUAAAUAAUUAAACAAGUUAAUUUAGUUAAAAAUAUCUAACGUUUACGUAAUACUUCUGUGACAUGUUUUUAUUGAGAAUUAUGCGAAGAUAUUGAUGGCUAAGUGAAUUAUUUAGUUUUUUAUAUCUGCUUGGUUUCGGACCGGCGGUGACACUAUGGAGUAUCGCGGGAAAGAUCGGGUAGUUGACAAAUGCGAAUGAUAAACUGUUUGAGUGAACGGGACGACUGAAUGAUAACGAAUGAACGGAAAUAUAGUAUGCAGAAUAAUAUAUAUUGUAUAAUGUUUAUGUAUGUCUACGGUUGUGUUUGUUAGCAUUUUUGUUACUACGUCAUUUAUGAGAGGAAAAGAUUUUCGUUUACGAUGGAUAUCGUGUGUUCAUUUCGUCUUAUCGCUAAGAACAUUUUUGUAAAGGAUUUUGAAGCGUCCCAAAUGUAAAAGACUAGCAUUGGGGUUUUGGGAUUUCACGAACUACGGAUAGUAUAUUUUUUUAAACAUUUUACGUAUUCCACUGUACGACGUUUUAGCGAUUUGUGGAGUUUUUUUGCAAUUUAUCCCAAUCAAGUAUUUUAGUAUGGUCUUGACAAUCCUCCUGAAAUUGUCAACAUCAAAGUUUUAAUUAUAUAUCCAGAAAUUAAAGUAUAGAUUUUAAUUUUAUUCCUGUGCAAACUUCUCCAAACUUCAUACUCAAGGUUUAGGGUUUUAGACUUAGGACGGUAAGGGUGGAUCGUCAAGAUCGAUAUGAUUGGUCAUUUAAUUUUCGAACAAAACGAGACCUGAGCACGUCAAUUAUCAUUUUAAGACCCUGGAUUAUACCGUCCCAGUGUCGAGUAAAGUAGGCUCAACAAAGCAAUACAGCGUAUACUUCCUUUUCGCCUUAUGCCUUGUGUACCGGUGUAAAUAUAUCCCCAUUUGAACUCGUUGGCUCAGAUGGGGCGCUCAGAUUUGGAAUGGUGUAGCAGGUUUCAGAUAUAUUAUGGACUGUGUGAAGCAAUCAUGGACUGGUAUCGAAGACCGCGCUGACGCAUUAGAUGCGCCGAGCGAGUUUCUUUUUGAAUAGUGGCGAAAUUUCUGUUUGUCGGUUGGUCGCGUCCCGUGAUGCGGUCGCUUACGUAUUACAACUUAAAAAAUGUCUCCUGUAAGCUUUAAAUUAUUGAUUAAAGAAAAUUUGAAAGUU